CACCAGGGACAGAUGGUCUUUGGUUCAAACGGGAAGUUGACGAUCCAGAUCCGCACUCCAUUCCAGAAGGUGGCGCUAAUGGGGCGCCAUUGAAGACAAGAAGAAGAAGGCCGGAAGAAAAAAAAAAAAAACAAAACCUUUCGGCUUGACGAUGCAGCAGCGCGAAGAGAAGCACCUGGAGGCCUCGCUGGAGUCGCUCAUCACGCAAGUGGCGCACGUGAAGAACGCCCUGCACUCCUUCAUCUUCAAGCUGGAGAACGAGUACGAGCGACUCACGUGGCCGUCGGUGCUGGACAACUUUGCGCUGCUGUCGGGUCAGCUGAACACCAUCAACAAGCUGCUGAAGAACGAGAAGACGCCGUCGUUCCGGAACCAGCUCAUCAUCCCGCUGCUGCUCUCUCAAGACCGCGACGACGACUUGGCGAAAGUGACGGAGCAGCGCGUGCCGGUCUUCAGCCACGAGAUCGUCCCCGAUUACCUGCGCACCAAACCCGACCCCGAAGUGGAGGAGCAGGAGAAGCUGCUCAGCAUCGAGGCCGCGCGCGUGGGGCCCGAAGUGGCGCAGAAACAAAUCCAGACUCUGAACAAGUUGUGUUCCAACCUGCUGGAGAAACUCAGCAACCCGAGAGACGAGCGAGACGCUGAAAGCGCGGCCCUGCGCCAGAACAAAUGUUGGUUCAACCCAGCCGACACCAGCGCGCUGGUGGGGGCGGUGGCCUUCGGCAAGGGCCUUUCCAAGUGCCGCCCCCCCGGCGGCUCUGCGGCGGCGGGGCACGCGGGCCCGCCGGGAGCCCUGAUGCCCGGCGGGCCCCCCACCUUGCAGCAGGUCACCAUGGGGGCCGCCGGCCAGCAGGGGGCCCUGGGAGGACCCCCCCAGCAGCAAGGACAGCCAGGCAAGAUGCCAGGCAUCAAAACCAACAUCAAGUCGGCGUCGGCCUCCAUGCAUCCUUACAGAUGAGACCCUGCCCCCCUUGGCCCGAGGGCUCCAUUAAAUGAGGGGGAAAAGAA